AUGGCGGGUGAUCGCUUUCAAGACGAUAUUCCAAGGGCUUCAGACUCGUAUUUCAACCUGGGGUCGUUCACUCGACCCGUAAGCACAAACAACAAAGAAGUCCAAGUAUGGUUUGACCGUGGUCUGGUUUGGAGCUACGCCUUCAACCACGAGGAAUCCGCAGAAUGCUUUCGAAAGGCUAUCGCCCUGGAUACAGGAUGUGCCAUGGCUUACUGGGGUCUGGCAUACGCUCUGGGUCCUAACUACAAUAAACCAUGGCAAUUUUUUGACGGAGAAGAGCUCGAGUCAACUGUGACUCAGACUCAUACUGCUGUUCAGAAAGCGAAAGCCGAAGUCAUCAACGGCACGGCGGUCGAAAAAGCCCUUAUUGAUGCCCUCGAAUUCCGAUAUCCACGUGCGCAAGCAGCUGCUGAUUGUUCUAUCUGGAAUCAACCGUACGCCGAUGCCAUGCAAUCAGUGUAUGAAGCAUUCCCCGACGACCUUGAUGUAGCAACGCUCUACGCCGACGCCUUGAUGAAUCUCACCCCUUGGAGACUCUGGGACUUAUCCACCGGACGCCCAGCCACUGGAGCAAGGACGAUAGAAGCUAAAGCCGUCCUUGAUCACGCCUUAGCCUUGCAGGGUGGAAUUCAACAUCCCGGCGUGUUACACCUAUACAUACAUCUGAUGGAAAUGUCCGGCAGCCCUGAGCUUGCUAUGCCCGUAGCAGACCAUUUGAGAGGGUUGAUACCUGAUGCCGGCCAUCUACAGCAUAUGCCUACCCACCUUGACAUACUUUGUGGCGACUAUCGCCGAGCGAUCGCUUCGAAUACAGAUGCAAUCCGCGCGGAUGAGAGAUUUUUGGCUCGUGCCGGGGCGCUGAACUUCUACACCCUCUAUCGAUGCCAUGAUUAUCAUUUUCGCCUUUAUGCUGCAAUGUUUGCGGGCCAGUCAAAAAUCGCAUUACAAACUGCCGACUGGCUCGAAGCAACGGUCCCAGAAGAACUCCUUCGCGUCAAGUCCCCACCCAUGGCCGAUUGGCUCGAGGCCUUCCAUGGGAUGCGUGUUCACGCCUUAAUUCGCUUCGGCUUGUGGCAAGAAAUUCUUGAACUCUCUCUGCCCGACGAUCAAGAGCUUUACUGCGUUACAACAGCCUUGAUUCACUACGCAAAAGGUGUCGCCUUGGCGGCUACCGGAAACGUGGAGGAAGCAGAGAAGCAACGCGUCAUCUUCGAAGAAGCAGUUUCGCGGGUGAAAUCCAGUCGAACACUUUUCAACAAUAACUGUCUCGACAUUCUUGCAAUUGCCCGAUCAAUGCUGGAUGGUGAAUUGGAAUAUAGACGGCGCAACUUCCAUGCAGCGUUCCAACAUCUCCGUAAAUCUAUUGCUCUCGAUGACGCACUUCCGUACGAUGAGCCUUGGGGGUGGAUGCAGCCACCUCGACAUGCUUAUGGUGCUCUCUUGCUGGAACAAGGUCACCCUGAACUCGCCGUAGCGGUUUACAGUGCUGAUCUGGGGUUUGACGACACGCUCCCACGCGCUCUUCGCCAUCCGAACAAUGUUUGGGCGCUCCGUGGAUACUACGAAUGUCUGAUGAAGCUGGGCCGUAUAGCAGAAGCUCGACUUAUCAGACCCCAACUGACGCAUGCCACAGCCAUGGCAGAUGUACCCAUCAAAUUUUCAUGUUUCUGCCGGACAGACCAUGCGGAUGGGCCGGCGCAAGAUCCUCCUGCCUGA